CAGCAGGAUUUAGAUUCUACUCAUGGUUCCUCGGAUCAAUGGUUGCUGAAGCUAGGGAGCCGCUAGUAAACUCGUCGACAACCUCUGCUGUUUUGCCCCCCGUCCUCCAUCCGUCGCACUGCUGUCUUAAUUCCGUCGCUUAGUCGUCUUUUGAAAGCCCGUCACGCGUGCGACCAUGUCGGACACGAGCUUCUUAGCCUUGAUAUCGUAAGAUAUCGUAAGUUCCAUCCAAUUACGAUAUCGAGGACACGCUCCUGCGAAUCUAUUUAAAAGUUCCAUCCAAUUACGCAAGCUCAUUGCCUGCUUCGGGAUUGCGAAUCUCAUACUCGCUACAGUCCGAAAGUCCAGAGUUCGAUAUAAGCUGGUAAUUCCUAAUCGCUGUAGGGUAGAAAGCUUGGCCAAACCGGAGAACACGUCGUCCUUGCAUUCGAGAUAGUUCAUUCUCAGUUUCAAAAACGACGUAGAUGAUUAUUACUGUACACUAGUAGUGUUCCAGAGAGUACCGAUUCGUUAUUAUCACUCCGCCUUCACUAGGUGCCGAACAAUAAUCACCGCCAGCCAUGAGAGGCCUUCGCCGGCAAGUGGCUCACGGGCCGACGACGCGAGCCAUAAUUAUCCUCGUUAUUGGGCUCUUCAUCAUCAGCUUCUGCUCUCGCCCGCGCGAACACUACCGGCGUCUGAAUGCCAUAGGAAGGCGUGGUUCCUUUGACGACGUUCGUCUGCUGCGAGGCUCCUAUAGGGGCAGCGGCAGCAGCAGCAAGGGGAGCACAAGCACAGUGCGCAGGCAUGGGGCCGCAGUGGCAGGAGGGGGGGGAGCAGGGGAAGCGAGAGGUGGGGAUGGCGGAGGAGGAGGAGGAGGAGGAGGAGGAGGAGGAGGAGGAGGAGGAGGAGGAGGAGGAGGAGGAGGAGGAGGAGGAGGAGGAGGAGGAGGAGGAGGAGGAGGAGGAGGAGGAGGAGGGGCCAAAGGAGGGCGGGAGAACGCGAUUCAUGUGAUGCUGACUAGUAACGGGUCUCCUUAUAUGAACUGGCAGUCGCGAAUCAUGUACUACACGUACCUGCAAGUGGCCAGACUACCCGGCAGCGACAUGAAGCACUUCACUCGAGUGCUGCACCGGUCAACGGACGAUGCGCUCAUGGACGUCAUGCACACGGUUCGUGUGAAGCCGCUAGACCCCACGUGCGACAACUGGUGCGAAUACCCCGUAGCCAGCCGCCCCUACGCCAUCCAGCAGUGGCUGGAGUCAGGGGAUGUGAAGGGCGACUGGAUAUUCAUGAUCGAGACUGACUAUAUCUUUGUCAAGCCAGUGUCCAUCCCCCCUGCAGGCAGGGCCCUCGGGUUCCCCUUUGACUACAUCGCCCCCCAAGACCCCGCCCUCCUGCCCUUCAUGCGCAGGUACUACCCAGAGCCGUAUCGAAUCGAGGACGUUCCAAGAACGGGCAAUGCACCAACGAUCAUGCGAUAUGAUGAGAUGAUGCGGGUGGUGCCCAUAUGGGUCAACGUGACAGCUGGCAUCGAAGGCAACGCGGAGAGCAAGGAGAGGUUCGGGUGGGUGCGGGAGAUGUAUGCCUUCUCCAUCUCUGCUGCACUGGCAGGAGUGAAGAUCGACCUUCCACCCAUGCCACAUGCCAUCAUGAGCCAGCCCCCAGCGGACAAGGUGGUGGGCGAUGCUGCUCUGCUGCACUACACAUGGGGCAGUCAAAUUAAAGACUGGAGCGGCAAUGUGAUCUGGGAGUUUGACAAGCGCAAGUUCACAGACAGAGGCUUACCGGACCCUGUGCCUGAGCCCCCAGCAGGGAAGGCGUCAGAGUCCCAGCAGGUGCUAAUAAAGAAAGUGAAUGAAGCUAUCGCUAACCUGCCCAAGUACACUCUGAGGGAGCUGAGGGAGAUGGGGCGCGGUGAGGAGGAGAUAGGCGCCUAUGACAGGGAGUGGCGGGCCAAGGGACAUGAGCCGGAGGGGGCAGGAGGGGGAGGAAGGAGCGGAGGAGAAGGAGGAGAAGGAGAAGGAUUAGGAGGGGAAAUGAAGCAGCAGCAGCAGCAGCAGCAGGGGGGUCUAGGACAAGGCAGGGCAGUGGGGCAAGGAGGGGCAGUGGUGGCAGAUGUGGCCAAGCCUGUGGUGGUGCCUGGGCGGCUGGAGCAAGGGGCGAUCCAUGCGAUGGUUACCAGUAACGGCAAUCCCUAUAUGAACUGGCAGACGCUGCUCAUGUUCCACACGUACAAUAAGGUGGCAUCUGAGCCGGGCAGCAACCUGCGUUUCUUCACCCGAGUGCUGCACCGCACUAAGGAUGACGAGCUCAUGCACCUGGUGCCCACUGUGCGAGUGCGACCACUGGAGCCCAAGUGCGAUGACUGGUGCGAGUAUCCAGUAGCAGAUCGUCCCUACGCCAUCCAGCAGUGGCUGGAGUCUGGCGAUGUGAAGGGCGACUGGGUGUUCAUGAUUGAGACGGACUACCUCUUCAUCAAGCCAGUGCCGAUUCCCCCAUCGGGACGAGCCCUGGGGUUCCCGUUUGGGUACAUCAUCCCCACCUACCCCUCCAUCCACCACAUCAUGAUCCGCUACUACCCUGGCGACCUGAAAGAGAUACCCCAAACUGGCAAUGCACCCGUUCUCGCCCCUACUGCCGAUCUUGCUCGCGUGGUGCCCAUAUGGGUCGACAUCACGGCCCGAUUUGAAAAAGACGAAGAAGCGAAGAAGGAUCUCGGCUGGGUGCGGGAGAUGUAUGCCUUCUCCAUCGCUGCUGCUCUGGGCAAGAUGCCCAUUGACCUGCCGCUUGUGCCGCAUGCCAUCAUGGUGCAGCCUCCAGCUGACUCGGUUAUAGGAGAUGCAGCCAUAAUCCAUUACACCUGGGGCUACGAGUUCAAGGAUGAAGCCGACAAGGUUGUGUGGCGGUUCGACAAGCGGGAUUACACGCAACCGGGCCAGGUGCCACCAAUACUUGCCGACCCACCACCAGGGAAGGCUUCUGAACUACAAUUGAAGAUGGUUCGUGUCAUCAACGAUGCAAUCCGCACCGUCUUUUAUCCGGGCUCUAGCACCACUGACGAGUCUAUCAAACCCUUAGUCGGUUGAUGCGAUUGCAAUGCAAUGUUAUUUCGAUCCAUCAAUGUGCACACUGAUAUCUAUCGGCGAUUCAAUGCAUGCACGCGUUGUAAGCAACGGAAACUGCAAA